CUGCGCAAUAAGUUUAAUUUUAAGAGGAAAACCUCACACCUCACGAGACCUUUAUUUAGCUUUGCUCUACCUAUUAAACCAAACUGGUUUUUUAUCUUAAAUUUUAGUUAUAUACUUAUAUCUUUUAAUAUAUUUCUCGUAACAAAUACAACUAAAUGUAAUAAACUUUUGAAAAUGAAGACGAAAGAAAAAUUAGACAUCGCGAGCAUCAGCGGCAGCGCAUUAUCAAUCAUUCAUAAUGGCAGGUAA